AUGAAGCCCAAGGCUUCGUCGCCGGCGCAGAGUGGGUACCGCGGCGUGCGGCGUCGGAGGUCGGAGCCCCGGCGGCCGGGGAACCGCAACCGGCACCGCCUCGGCAACUUCGACACCGCCGAGCAGUCCGCGCUCGCCGACGACCAGGCUGCGUGGCGCACGGCGGCGGCGUGGACGGGUGCAAUCGCCGCGGGGGCCGCGGAUGAGGCGGAUACAUCGGCGGCGCGGGAAGAGGAAGCGGAGCGCGGCAUCGCCGGGGACACCGCGGCCGCUACUGCCGCGGACGAGGCGGUGCGGAGGCAGAGGACGCGGAGCAGGCGCCUGGGCGCGGGACGCGGGAGCCAGCGGCCCGGGCUCUGA